GUUACCGGACUGGGCCGCUGCUUCGCUCAGGGGCUUUCUGGAGAAACAGAAACAGGAAUGGAGAAGGGGGAAGCAGAGCCUGUGGACGGGGGAUUCCAGGUGAACGCAUCCGAUGAGCAGGCAGUCCUGCGUUAUGAAGAGCACAUCACGGGUCUCCUGGUCACUGUGGCUCAACUCCACGGCAAAAUCGAGCACUUGCAGGAUCAGAAAGCCAGGGACGAUGAAGAGUUUUCUGACCUGUGCUCUGAGUACACAGCAAGCCUGCCGAGAUGCCCUCCACAGUUUUCAAAGCUAGCGACGAUGACCCUGUUGCCGCCGUUACCUCCGGUCCAUUCUGAAGAAGGCCGUGCGGAUCUAUUUCUCGACGUCCACAAGGCCGUCACAUCGCUCGAGAACACCGUCUUCUCCCAUCGUAGCCGCAUCCCCAGCACCGAAGCUGAGGUGGCCGGAUACGUCCCAGCAACUGAGGGUCCGGAAAAGAGUCUGUGGACGUUCCAAAGGUGCGGAACAGAGCCGUCGCCCACCCCGGGUCAGGCGUCCGACGUGAUGGGCCUGGGGUUCCUGACGGAUGAGAUGAGCGUCUACGAAAGAGAAAUCGCCCUGCAGAAAGAGAGGAACGCAGCCCUCCUGGUUGAGCUGGGAGGGAGGGAUGAGGUGCUGAGCAGGUCCCAGGUCAUGCUCUGUGCUUACCAGGAAGAGAGGGACAAGCUUCAGAGAAAGGUCAGAGAGCUGCAGGACGCCCUCUCCAAGAUGGAGACCCUCGCAGAUGCAGACGCCAGCCCCGUUGGGGAACGAGAGCCAUGGGGGUUUCAGGAUCCCGUGGCGGCAGCCCAGAACGUCGCCCGCUGUUUCCGGAGCACCCUCAGCGGCCACCCUGCCUGCUUCUUCCACCCCCAGCAUGGCCCCCCGCCAGCGGAGACCAGGGCAAAAGACAUGGAAGCACAAAGCCAACAGCUUCGUGGAUUCAUCGAGAAACUGAGAAGCAUCAACCAGCUCCUUUCAGCAACACUGCAGGAAUCGAAGAGUGACACAGAACGCAUCAGCAUUCUUCUCGGGCGCCGUGAAUCCGACAACACUGCCCUGCGCCUGGCCGUACAGUACAGUGAGCGUUGCUUGGAAGCGUACGAGGUUCUGUUUUCUCUGACCACGGCAAGGCUGCACCCUUCCACGGAGGCAGCGGAUGAGGAAGGAAAUGGAACCCACACAGGAGAGUCCAGCGACUCACACCGCAAGAUGAAAUUAGCAGCCGUGGACCAAGCUUACAGGUCUUCACAAGACCAUGGUGCAGACGGCGAGGUGCAGAGCUCCCCGGAGCCCUGGGGUCUGGAGGACGACAAAAGGACAGUGCUACGGGAGCACAUUGGGCGCCUGCGGGCAGAGCAGGCCUCCGUGAAGCUCCCCGCCCAGCGGCCACCUGCUGGGCCCGACUCCGUCGCCGCCAGGAUCAACGCAGGGAUCGGGGCCAAAGUGGCGGAGGUGCACCGAGCCUUGCGGGACAAUCUCCCGGCUGAGGCCGCGCGACCCAAGAUGGAGAAGGCGCAUCUGCUGCGAGAAUUACAGGCGGCCAGGGAGGCCUUGGCGGACUUAAACACCCGGUUGCACCUGACGGAGAAGGAGAAGCAAGGCCUUGAACUCUGGACUUACACUUACCGGGCUCAGGAAGCCGUUUGCUUGCUGACGAUCCGGAUCCUGCAAGGGGAGCGCGAUGAACUUCGGGGGCAGAAAGCCCCCUCCUCCGAAAGCAGCAGCAGCAGCAGUGACAGCAGUUCAGGGGAGUAUGCGCCCAUCCGCCAUUCCAAACGGGCCACUUUGGGUUCUUCUGAGGAUGUUGGCGGAAGGCGGCCCACUGCAGACCCUGAGGUCCAGAGGCACGAACUUCUGGACACUCUGGCUCGAAACAAGGAGUUGAAGGACCGGAUCCGCUCCCUUCUCGUCGACUUGGAGGAGAGAAGCCAAGACAGCAGGGCUCAGGAGGCGCAGCAGGGAGAACUCACAAGGGACUUUUUCAAAGCGCACAGUGCCUUGGUCCUCGCCUACCGGAGCGCACGCAAGAAACAGGAGAUGCAGCUGCAGCAGCUGCAGACGCAGAUGGGCCUGAUGCACCAACGCCAGGCUGGACAGUUGCGGUCGCUGAUGCAAACCCUCCAGCGCUUGGAGGGCAGGGCGAGUGGCGAGGCUUAGGGCGAGCCUUGCAAGGGGGCUGCAACCCGCUGGCCUGCCCCAAAUCAGCUGACAGA